CCGACUGAUUGUCCCAACACUUCACUACCCGACGCAGCAAGACAUACCCAUACGUGAAGAUACUUUUCUUCUUCUUUCCCCUUCCGAAAGGAGAGGUAAAAGACAAAAAAGACGACACGGCAUCAUGCCUCAUACUCAUAAUGAGAAGCUCGACCCCGAAGCCGAAGUUCGUUCUUGGGGCUUCAAUGUCGUAUACACUUGGUCCGACAGCCCAAACUAUCAUUAUAAACCCCAUUCUCACCGUGGCCUUACCACCCACCUCAUCACAAAGGGUAGCCUCACUAUCUCUUACCCGGAAGACAGAAAUCCAACCAAGGAAACCCAUGGUAUUGGCGCACGCGUCGAUGUCCCAGCUGGACGCACCCACGAGGUUUGGAUUGGGACCGAGGGGUGUACCUAUGUAAUUGGAGAGUGACCACAGUGAGCGACCACCACUGACCGAGCGAACGAAUUCCCUUCUGCCUUAACGGGAGGUCCCGAGUCAUCUUCGCGUACUCUGUACAGACGGAAAGUGGUUGCAGAUAAACUGAUGUUGAACUCGGAGGCUGAGCUGAGGGUAGGUGUGGGUCCGAGUGGGGCGAAAAGUUGAGCUGAGGGUUGCUGUGGGGCUAUGUACUAAGGUCAUGUGACUAGAUAUCUUAGGUAACCACCCUUAUAAUAGGUAGGCAAGGGAUACUAUAGGGCUAUAUAUUAAGGUCACGUGACUAAAUAUCUCAGGUAACUACCCUUAUAAUAUAUAUAGGUAGGUAAGGG